CUGUUCACUACUACUACUUACUUCAUUUUGCCAUUUCCAACCUGAGUAAUAUAAUCACCUCCAUUUUUCAUCUCUUUCCACUAUUUCUGCGUUUGUGGGCUACUCUUGCCAUCUCGCUCUAUAUCCACACAUCAUUUUUUGAAGCGCGUCCCAGCUGGGUGUCGUCACCGCCUACUUUCUCCGAUAACUGGCUGCCUCUUCCCCGCCAAGAACACAUAUCAUCUUGGGAGUCUGUCCUCUUCCCCAUCAUCAUCAGCAUCAGCAUCAUCACUCUUCAAAUCAUUCACGUCUUCUAAGAUAUACAGAGACGAACACAACCACGCGUUGUGUGAGAGGCGUCUCCAUCUGCUCUGGAUGUUCGUCAGUGUCAGCUGACAAUCCAAGAUAACAAGUCGGCAUGUUGGCUGUACGUAGCCCGAUGGAUGCCUUCCAAAAAUCAACAUCAUUCGGCGGAGAGAGGGAAAAUUCGAUGCGUCAACCGUCCGCCGAGGAUCUUGAUGCUGCUCAUCAACUUGUCUCCUCAGCACGCGGUGAACGUCAUGGCUCAAACCUCACCCAUGAUGGUCACAACAGCGAACCCUCUCCUGAGCAGACUCACUUACGGGUCAGUCCUCGUCCAGAUAUCGCCCAUAGUCCACAACCCAUGAGUGAGAACGCGGAUCAGGUCGAAGAUACUAGUGGCCUGGGCCAGAUCUGCAGUAACUGCGGAACCACCAAGACACCUCUGUGGCGACGCUCACCGACGGGGACCACCAUUUGUAAUGCGUGCGGCCUAUACCAAAAAACUAGGAACACCCCGCGUCCCUCCAGCUUCAAAAGACCGGCUUCGGUUGCUCCCACCGAUAGCCCACGCCAAAGAACCGAAACAUCACCUGCUGCUGCCGCAUCACCGCCAGUCCUGAGCCAGGGCCCAUCAUCAAGUAUUCCCUAUAGGGUCCCCGAACAUACGCCGGGGUCUUGUCCUGGUGGAGGAAACUGUAAUGGCGCCGGCGGUGCGGAAGGGUGUGGCGGGUGCCCGGCCUACAACAACAGAGUUGCAAGGGCAACAAAUGUGCCCGCGGCGACAAACCCUACCACGAACGACGAGAGCGAUGCCCAGAGUGCAGCCGGAUCAACAACAGGCAGUGUCCCUCCUUCCGUGGCCCCUGCAGCCCCAUCGAGCUCAGCAAAUACGUCAAUGCUGGUCGCCUGUAAGAACUGCGGUACCACGGUAACUCCGCUUUGGCGUCGAGACGAACUUGGUCACCCGAUCUGUAAUGCUUGUGGCUUGUACCACAAACUUCACGGAUCUCAUCGACCAGUGCAAAUGAAGAAGUCGACGAUCAAGAGGAGGAAGCGCGUUGUCCCAGCGUACCCAGAUGCUAGCCGACCAGAGGGGAGUGGUACAGUCGCCGGCACGUCAUCUAUUUCACCCGAACCACCCUCGCCAGAACUUGAGGAGAUGCAAGAUUCAACACCAAGCACUCCAGCGUCAAAACGGAAACGGCUGCCUCCAACCGUUGAUUAUACUGGCUACAUACCCGAGAGUAGUGCCUCUAUCAGACAACCAUCCCCACACAAACACGCUGAGGAUUUUGCCGUGCAAGCGCAACUCGCGGCCGCCGCAGCUGAAGGAAUGCAGCUUGACCCUGCCUUGGUCAACACCCCGCAUCGCCAUCGCGGCAUAGAAUUACCGCCCAUACGAGAACUUCAACGGUCAAUUGAGACAUCCACGCCCCCGCAUUUACGUGGGGAUCGACGGGCGCAGUUGAUGAGGGAAGCCGAAGAGAUGAGAGCGGCAUUACGAGCCAAGGAACGCGAAAUUGAUGAUCUGAGAUGACCCGAUGCAAUAUGAACGAACCAUGGGGAAAAGAAGCAUGGGAGAUUAUGGAACACUGCGAAACAUUGGCGACGGAUCUUCUCUGAGCAUUCUCAGACUUACUUUUGUUUGAUGGUGGGACGAUUGUCUAUUUUGUUUUCACCCAUUCAUUGUCGAUUUGACGAAAAAACGCAACAAAGCAUGGCGCUGGUCGGCACUUGUGCAUAUCUCCCCCAAGGAAGGAAAUGGUCUUCCUGUGGGGGAGUUGGAGCGUCACUCGCCUGGAAGACAUGGACACGGACAUGGAAAGCGAGUUGUCGAAGGUUUAGGUUCGCAUUCGCAUUCGGUCUACGCAACUACCUUUGUAGAAAACGUCGUUUAUGUCAAACAAUCCAAAAAUUUUGUGACC